CACCACGGUAUAAACAUGGCCGGCCGCGCGCGUUCGCUCGCACGGCUGCUUGUUUGUCACAAUCGCGGCGGGGGGUCGUUGAACUUCUCCGUGAAUGCGAGACGGCGUCGCGGAAGGGCACCAACAGCGCGUACUUUUUUUGCGGGUCUACGAGUGAAAACGGCGUUGCACCGCGGCUCUGGUGGGCGCGACCUAAAAAUAGAUCACGAUUUCGGCGAUUGUUUUGACUAAUAACGCGCUUCGCAACCUACUCGUCGGCGGCGCCACCGGAUGAUGAUGACCGGUGUUGCGCGUCGCGGUGGCGCGCGUGUAUCGCGUCGCAGUACGCAUGCAUGCCUGUACGCACACGGUUGACUCGCGAUUGUACUCGCAAUUAUGACUGGAAACGAUAUAAAGCAAGCUCUCAGAAAGUUGGACUUUCCUUAUUGCGCCAGAGAAGCUCUAUGCAGAAUAGAGAUACUCUGCUGCAGACCUGGCAAGCAGGUGGAUCUACAAAUGGAUCUGAUAUCAGAGUUUGUAUUCGGAGAGCUGGAUAAGCGGAAGAAACGUAACAUGACUAUGGCGAUACAGGAGUUGCAAUUGAUAGAGAUUCUGAGCGAUUUUUUCGAAAGCCCAGGUGGUAGUCCCGCUGUACGCAAUGCCCUCUUUUUGUCGCUCUUCCCAGCAGAUAGCUCUAGGUACAAGACUCUAGGUAACUUGGUCUCCUUGGCUAUUGCCACGCAAAAUAAAGCAGUCCUCAACGCAGCUGGCAUCUGGAUGCAGCAGUUGAGCUCCACCUCGUCACAGAGCGUUGGACUGGCGAAGCACGUACUCGACGACUAUUUUGUACUCACUCCGAGAUCUAUCGACAAGCUGAGGCAAUUGCCUACACUUGCACCACAUUUCACCGCCAACUUGUUGACGGCGAUAGGUGAGAUUUACGAGGAUAAGGACCCACCUAAUGAGCUGCUCGGAUUAGUCGGCGAAUGGAUCGACGAGAAUUCGAGUUUACUGUUGACUCCUCUGAUGGACAAUCCAGCAUUGCCUACUGGUGGAAUCCCGAUGACGCCGAUAACACCUAUAGCUGGUCUGUUUAGAUGGUGUAUAUUGAGUCCUUUGCGUAGCGGCGCAAAUACCAUUGACAGUCAAGAGGAAUCGCGGAAAUUCUACUCAAAGGUUCAACAGUUGCUCAUGGACUCGGUAUUGUGUCUGAAGAACAACGGCAGCAAUAAGCACGCGAUAUCGGCGCAACAUCUCGCGUCUACGACUCGUCUACUGACGACCAGUCUGCAGAACCAUCCGAAUGUGACGGCGGCUUCGCGCGACUUGGCCAUGGAGAGACUCGCGCAAGCCGUCAGUGCGGCCAUGUCAGCCAACUGUAUUUACGGAAACAAACAGGAACUGUUGGCGCUCUUACAACCGCUAUCGUAUCAGCACUUUUUGAUAGAAUGGACAUUACAGACUUAUGCAUCUAAGGCAACCUGAGGCAAGCUCACAACUUUUUUGACUAAAUGCAACGUAAAAUGCAUUUUGGUUAACGCAGUUUAUCCACAAGCGACGAAAUCAAAUCAUCCAUUGUACAUAACACGGAACGAUAGUCGAGACAAUUGUAUGAAUAAAUUGACAUCACUGAUGCACCGCUCAGCUCGAAA